GGCAGCGGACGUGCUCGUUGCUGCAUUCUCCCCGACUUAUGAUGCUGAAAUGAAAGACUCGAUAUUCUGCUUUAUACCUCGCGGCAAUACCCCAUGGACGAGACGAAUCUUCGACGCUAUUAUCUCGGGUUGCAUCCCCGUUGUCCUGUCCAACGCUAUAGUAUUCCCGUUUGAGUCCUUGCUCGACUGGUCGCUGUUCACGAUCAAGCUUCCAGAGAGCUACGUCGUGACGCAACCCAAAAACAUAAUCGGUCUCCUGCGUC